GGUGCCGCCGCCGCCGCAGUCCUCCGCUUCCCGGGGACAGGAAACCUUCAAGACCAGCUGCUGCUGCCGCCUCCCCGUCUGCCCCCAUUCCUGCGCGCCUCCCCACACCCUCUUCCCGGUUCUUCCAGCGUCUCUCGGUGGAGCACUGCCGGGACUCAGCCAGGCUGCCGUCUGCGCUCCCGGGGAAAGCCGUGACCCCCCGCAGGAGCGGCGGGGCGGGGUGGGGGGGCUCGGGAGAAGAUGGCGACGCCGGGAAGCGAACCCCAACCUUUCGUCGCUGCCCUCUCGGGGGCUGCUCUGCACCCACAUCAUCAUCCCCAACACCAUCACCACCACGGAGGAGCGGGAGCCAGCGGCGGGGCCGGGGGAGGGGGCGGCAGCGGCGGCGGGGGCUUCAACCUGCCCUUGAACCGGGGUUUGGAGCGCGCGCUGGAGGAGGCGGCGAACUCUGGGGGGUUGAACCUCAGUGCCAGGAAAUUGAAGGAAUUUCCAAGGACUGCAGCCCCCGGGCACGACCUCUCGGACACGGUGCAGGCAGAUUUAUCUAAAAACAGACUGGUUGAAGUUCCAAUGGAAUUGUGCCAUUUCGUAUCACUGGAAAUUCUUAAUCUAUAUCACAAUUGUAUCAGAGUCAUUCCUGAGGCCAUCAUUAAUCUGCAGAUGCUGACUUACUUAAACUUAAGUCGAAAUCAGCUGUCCACCCUACCGGCCUGCCUGUGUGGUCUGCCUCUCAAAGUCUUAAUCGCAAGUAACAACAAACUUGGAUCACUGCCGGAAGAGAUAGGCCAGCUCAAACAGUUAAUGGAAUUGGAUGUCAGCUGCAACGAGAUCACAGCUUUGCCCCAUCAGAUAGGUCAACUGAAGUCACUAAGAGAACUGAACGUCAGAAGAAAUUACCUUAAAGUUUUACCACAAGAACUAGUAGAUCUUCCCCUGGUAAAGUUUGACUUUUCCUGCAAUAAAGUGCUGGUGAUUCCGAUUUGUUUUAGAGAGAUGAAGCAGCUGCAAGUAUUACUGCUGGAGAAUAACCCUUUGCAGUCUCCUCCAGCACAGAUUUGCACGAAGGGCAAAGUGCACAUAUUCAAGUAUCUGAGCAUACAAGCAUGCCAGAUUAAGACGGCUGACUCCCUUUACCUCCAGUCCAUGGAGAGGCCACAUUUACAGCAGCACAUGGAGGACAGCAAGAAAGAUUCUGACUCAGGCGUUGGGAGUGACAAUGGAGACAAGCGAUUAUCUGCCACAGAGCCUUCCGACGAAGACACGGUUAGCCUUAAUGUGCCAAUGUCAAAUAUCAUGGAAGAAGAACAGAUCAACAAGGAGGACGUGUGCCAUCGCCUUAGCCCAGUUAAAGGCGAAUUUCAUCAGGAAUUUCAACCAGACCCUUCCCUCUUAGGCGACAAUGACAACUCAGGAGAAGAAAGAGACCAAUUUACCGAAGGAGCGGAUGUUCUCAGUUCCGAAUUUAUGAACUAUAUUAAGGGUAGAGCAGAAGACUGUGAGGAACUCUUACGGAUAGAAGAGGACGCACACUGGCCACCGGAGGGGCUAAUAAGUUCAUCCAAAACUCAGGACAUGGACAUAGCGAUGAUCGAGCAGCUGAGAGAAGCGGUAGAUUUGCCGCAGGAUCCCGACAGGUUAAGUACAGAUAUUACAGAGAGAAGUGUCAUAAACCUUUAUCCCAUGGAGUCAGCUGAAGCCUUAGAAUUACAAGAUAAUACAUUAAAUGGUCAGAUACAGCUGGAGACAUCUCUGGUGUGUGAGGUGCAGGAUGAUCUAACGUCACAGAGUAAUGGGAGCCAGUAUUCUCCAAACGAGGUAAGUGAGAAUUCUCCUGCUGUCUCUCCUACCACAAACAACACAGCUCCUUUUGGCCUGAAGCCUCGAUCAGACCCAGGCCUCACUCUUCCUCCUAUCUCCUUCAACAAACUUACACAGGCACAAACAUGGGACAGCUCUAGCUACAGCGUUCCAUCUGAAGGAGACAGUGACAAUGUAUUUCUAAGACCUCAGAGAAAUUUGGAAUCUAUAGACCCACAGUUUACAAUUCGGAGGAAAAUGGAACAGAUGAGAGAAGAAAAAGAACUGGUGGAACAACUCCGUGAGAGCAUCGAGAUGAGACUCAAGGUCAGCCUGCAUGAAGACCUGGGGGCGGCGCUCAUGGACGGGGUCGUCCUCUGCCAUCUGGUCAACCACAUCCGCCCGCGGUCCGUCGCAAGCAUCCAUGUCCCCUCUCCAGCAGUUCCCAAACUUAGCAUGGCCAAAUGCAGAAGAAACGUGGAAAACUUUUUGGAAGCAUGCCGAAAGCUAGGAGUCCCAGAGGCUGACCUCUGCUCUCCGUGUGACAUCCUGCAGUUGGAUUUUCGUCACAUUCGAAAGACUGUUGACACUCUGCUGGCACUCGGGGAGAAACCCCCACAACCAACUUCUGCCCUCCGCUCCAGGGACCUUAUAGACUUCUGUCUUGCCCCCCUUCUCUUUGUAGUGCUGGUUUAUCUCAUUUACCGCUGGAAUGCGCUGUCUGCCUAACGUCUGCAUGUGCUUCCCACCACUGCCGUCACCUGGUCAUUAUGGGGUCCUUCCCCCACGGGAGCCUUUGCCUUGCAAACACUCAUCCCUGUCAUCUCCUCAGUCAUCUCUCGAAUUUGAAGCUAAGCGCUUAGAAAUCAGGUUUUCCAGAAGCACAAACUUUAGAAAAUGCAGUUUGCGUUAACUAAUUCCUCUCACUUUGAAAAGCAAGAGUAACAGCAAAGCGUAGGCACGCCUCAUGCUUCCUCACCCACGUGGUGCCAGCAGCAGUGCUUUGGGGUUCUCUCCUCUCUCCUGGUGUGUGCUUCCGGGGUAGGGCAGAAGAGGAUUCCAGAACUUAGCGUACGGAAGUCUUUCCUUGGGGUCAGUAUUUACCUCAAAUCCUAAUUCAGGAAUGGGAAACAGUGCUCUUGAGGGGCUGCUUUGCAGAGGAGACAGAAAAAUAGCAUCCUUGCCCAAUUUGGUCUAUAAAAAUCUGUAGAAAUAACACUAUUGACCAAGUGGGCAAGUACCACCUGGGGAAUGAUUGCUUUGCUGGGAAUUCAGUUGGAUUCCGCCCUGUGUUCUGCAGCCGGAGCUGUAAGGGGCAUCGGGGAGGGGUGCUGCCACCUUCUACCCUGAGCAAAGCCGCUUCGCCCUGCAGCCUGAGCAGAGCUGUGCAGAGGGUCUCUGGGCAAAGGAGUGUCCCUGGCUGUUACAGCUCACCGCGGAGAACUUGCUUGCACACAAAUUUCUGUAUGUUUCACUUCUUCCUGCUUCUUAGCUCUACCCUGAGACUCUUAGAAAAUCGUUUUCCAAAGAGGAUCUCUAUUUUUAAAUAAUGAAGGGGAUAGUGUUGCUUUUUUGCUGCAUCCCAUAACAACUGUAGGUCCAGAACGUGAUUGAGUAGACUGUGUUCAUUUGCACAUAAAGCCAUGAGUCAUGGAACAUUCUUAGUCCUGGGCUGGGGUGACUGUGACAGAAGCCAUUAAUAAGAUUGCUCUUAAUUUAGAAGAAUGUUGUUUCUCUCAUUACUUGAAAUUUCCAUUUAGCUUUUGAUUGCCAAUGACUUUAACUUGCAAACUGUUUUUAUUUGUAAGUAAGCCUAGAGGAUCAUUAUAUGUGAAAUAUAUCUGCUUUUUGAGCAAUGUGAUCAGAUUGUAAUUGAAAGGAAAAAAAAAAAAGAAUCUUACCUAGGCCAAGAUACUCCUGGUUUCUGGGAUGUCUUUAUACUAUGAGAAGGCUGUGUUCCAAGGUCAACCAGUCACCUGAUGCUUCAGUUUAAAUCCUGGUUGCCAAACAUCGUUUCUGAGUUGGAUUGGGGAGGUAAUGGCAUUAACUUCCUUAAGAUAAAUCUCUAGUUUACUAAGAGGCAAACCGUUCAUGAAGAUAAUUUUAUUUUUCCAAACAUGCCCAUGAGUUCAGGAGACUUGAAAUUGUGGAAAGCCCCACAUAGGUAGAAAACUGAAUUCCCAGAGAUUGCUCUUCGCUCAGUCAGAUCAGAUUUUCUCACAGGAAACGUUCUUUACAUGAGAAUAGCUUGAGUUAACUGGGCUUUUUCCUCCUGACUUUGUGUUGACUGGUGAAACACAGGGUAUCUGGAAGUUAUCUAACCUCAAUUGUGUACGAAUAACCCACAGUUGUACUGAAGUGAAUUGCCCUUGGUGCUAUCUUGUAUUCUUAAAUCUGUAAUACGAAUAAAUCCCUUUGAACAAUGUCUGAUAAGCACCCUGAGCCAUACGUUGCUUAAUAAACACAUUUUGGGUGAUUAUUCCAAGUUUUUUUUUUUUUUGGUCCAUCAAUACGUUUAUUCAUGUGGACCCAGAAUAACUCUCAGCAUUUCCAGCUGGUUGGUUGUGUUCAGUUCUGCGGUGCAUUGAGGCUUCCCUUAAUGGUCGCCACUGUUGUUUUGGUUUUUUCUUGUUUGGAGGGCAAGGGGGAAGAACAGAUUACUUACUGGGUGGCCAGCUGAAAGAAAAUGCUAUCAAUAAAAACUGAGUAGAACAGUCAUGUAAGAUUAGAUUUAAUUGUCCAGUGUUGGCUCGACAUCAUUCUGUAGCUGCUUUCAUAUUUUAACUCUGCUGUCUGGAAUAUUCUUUGGAUGCACUUUCAUUUUUCAUGCCGUUAAUUUAUCUACACCCUAAUGUGCUGCUCCUCUUGGGAUUUGUUGGAUGGUAUAUUUUCAUCAAGUAGUAUGGUCACUAGUCGAACAGUUAAUUUGGACCUUGAGGCAAAACGUUACAUGAACCGUUCUGCCCAUUGUCAGGCCGUUAAUGUCUGUUUAGAAUGUUAAGCGCUUCCGAGGUUCCCCUCCAAGGUGCCUGGGCACUGACUGGUGCCUGCCAUUGCAUCGUAACUGGCAAUGCCUGGCCCACAAACUUGCAGGCUGAGAAGUGUUCAGGGGUUUGGUGUGCGGUUUAUAUGUACCUGCUGAAUCUCUGUCUUCUCACAUGAAAGACCACUUACCAUUACUUCCUUCCAAUACCUGAUAAAAAUUACCAGGUAUUUAUUUACAUUUUCUUUUUAAAAUACUCAUUUACCUUUUCUUUCUCUAGUUCUUCCAAUUGGUGAGGAACUCUCCAUUCAGUGUCGGAAUUUCCAAAAUUUGUGAGGAAAAAAACCCGUUCCUGUCUAGUUGAUUCCAACUCAUAGCGACCCCAUAGGACAGAUAGAACCGCCCCAUAGAAUUUCCAAGGAGCAACUGGUGGAUUCGAACUGCCGACCCUUUGGUUAGCAGCUGAGCUCUUAACUCACUAUUAAACCAGUUGCCUUCGAGUCCAUUCUGACUCGUGGUGACCCAGUGUGUAUCAGAGUAGAGCUGUAUGCUCCAGUUUUCAGUGGCUGAUUUUUCAGAAGUAGAUCUCCAGUCAUUUCCUCCUAGGUGUCUCUGGAUGGACUCCAGCCUCCAACAAAUUAAUGCAUCCCUUGUAUUUGUAGAUUUGUGGUUCACAUGCACUCACUUUUCUUAUGGAGAGGGUGUGAACUACUAGACACUUAAGAAACAGGAAUGGUGGAAAGGGCUCGAGGGACCCAAAAGUAAUACCACAAUGUAGGAAUUUCAGCAAUGCGAGUAGAUAAAUAAAGGCACUUUACGUAUACUGAUGGCAUUUGUUUGUGAGUUAGAAGUUACAUUUAGUUCAUUGUGGCUUGGAUUGUCUCUAAAAUCCAUGCCAGUCCCUGGAUGAGUCAUGAGGACAAAGGGUGGAGGUACUAGAAGCAGGGUUACAAUCCCAGGAGCCUGAAAGUGGUUUGGGAUUAGCUGAAAAAUCUUUCAAUAUGAUUUUAUUUCAGGAAAUUCAGGUUUUAAACGAGGCUUCAGAUUUUGACAUUAGCUCUUGAUAAACAAUUAUGUUUACAAAAUACGCAUUUUUCUAUUCUUUUUUUUUUUUUUUUAAACUGGGUCCAGAUUUCUUGGCUUUUCAAUGUGAUUUUGUUCAUUCUUGUUAAUUCAUUUGCUCCUAUCCAUUUGAUAGGCCCAGCGAUAUGCUAGUAACUAUGACAUGGUCCCAUUCUCAGAAGGCUUACAAUUUUGGCCAAGGGUCAGCAGACUUUUUUUGUGAAGGGCCAGAUAGUAACUAUUUUAGGCUUUGUGGACCAAACAGUCUCUACUGCGACUAGCCAGCUCUGCCUUUGUGGUGUGAAAGCAGUCAUAGACAAUACACACGUGAAUCAGCAUGUCUGUGUUCCAAUAAAACUUUAUUUAGAAGGACAGGCUGUAGCUCCUGCUGUCCCAAAUAGUUCCACAAAUAUACUACAUUUUAAAUUUUAUAUCUAUCCUGUAUUUUCAUUUGUAGAUUAUGAUGACAAGGUCUAUAUGUUUGUAAAAGUGGCAGGACCCUCAGUGUUUGGAAAACAUUGGUAGAGAAUAAUAUAAUAAUUUAACGAGGGAUACAUUAGCUUCUUCCUGGUCUUUGUAAAAACAUUUAAUUUAUUAAACAUUCUCCAAGUCUGGUUUGAAAAAAAAAAAACAGGCUAUAGGCUGGAUUGACCAGCAGGCUAUAGUGUGGGGACCCCAGGAGUGGUGGGGCCUUAGAAGAAAGAGGAAUUCAGUAUGAAUUCCUGUGGUGAGUCAGGGAUGGGAUUUUCUAAAAUGCAUUGAAAGGGGUCCGUGCAGGCUUCCUGGAAAAGUGGACUUUGACCCUGAGUCCUAAAAGGUGUGUAGGAAUAGCCAGGUGAGGGGGAGUGGGUAGAGAGGAUGAGUGAAGAGGUAGGAGGUGUGGAGGAUGGAAGUACACGGCUGGCAUAUAGAGAAUCUGUGAGAAGUGCCAAGAAGUCCUCUCCAUAAUCGUGUAAAGUGAUUGACGAGGUCUCCAGUAGACACUGGGAGAAACUGCCUCCAGCAUGCUCGUGUGGUGGAACUGGACCUAGAAGCCAUCUCAUAAUGCUCAGCUAUUUUUGUUAUAAGGCUCGAUCUGGUGCCAAGACUUUAUAUUCUAGAAACAGGCUAAACAAGAGGAAAUGUGCUGAUUUAAAUGACUUCAUUCUAGCCUACUAGCUGGCCUGGAGGAGACCCUGGGUAAUAAAAACGGUUAUGCACUUGGCUGCUAACCGGAAGGUUGGAGGUUCACGUUUACCCAGGGACACCUAGAAAGAAAGGCCUGAUGAUCUACUUCAGAAAAAAACAGCCAUUGAAAGCUAUAUGGAGCACAAUUCUACUCUGACACACAUGGGGUUGCCAUGAUUCGGAAUCAACGUGAACUUUUAUUAUUAUUUUUUUUUUUAGUUGCCCUGGAAGUAGGUCUGUGGCAGUUUGGGAAGAUAAGAAACUAUAGAAUAAGGAGAGCCAGGCAACAACGGCAGCGUAGCUUGUUCCCGUGAGGUGUUUUCUGCCAGGACAGCAUGUCUGCCCCUUGCUCUGAAAAAGAAGCCAAACGAGCCGAGUAGCAGAGCUAAUGCCUUUCACUGAGUUGAGGGCUGGGGUCUGUGAUCCCACCUGAUGGUGAAAUUGAUCAGCACUUCCUAGAUGGCACUCCAGGGGCUAGCGGACCUCUUCCUGUAACGGGCUGUAGACUGGACACACUCCUUCAUUGAUUAAGGAAUUUUUGAUUGGCAACACAAUGUCAUGGAAAGAGCCUGGGCUCUAAGAUGAGACAGAAGCGGUUUCAAAUCCUGGUUCCAUUACUUACUGGCUAUGUGAGUUUAGCAGUUAAACUCUCUGCACCUCAGUUUUCUCAUCCAUAAAAUGAGGAUGUUAACAUACACCUUGCAGGGUUGUCAUUAGAAAAUAAUAAAUGAAAACUGCUGGCAUUGGGGCCAGGCAAGUAGUAGGUGCUCAAUAAACCUUCAAGGUUAAUAUUUUGUUUUUAUUGCUUGCCUGUCUUUCCAGCCUUGUUUGCUGUGGUUGAGAAGAGGGAUGGGUGAGGCGAUGUAAGUGAACCUAAUAGACUCCACCAUUGGAAUUGAGAAGCAUCACAAAGCACGAGUUCGUCAGAGAGGGUCAGAGCAUUAUUUUCACUUAGGAUACCAUAAUCUGCUCUGACUUUUAAAAAAGAAGCUCAUGGGUAUACUGAAACAGUCUGCUGUCACAUUCUCCGUGAAAACCACUAGGAUCCUAUUACAAUGCAAUUUAAAUUCAUUUAUAGUCAGUGUUAAUGUACCUGUGGUUAAGAGUUCAGGCUGUUAACCAAAAGGUUGGCAGUUUGAAUCCAUCAGCCACUCCUUAGAAACCCAGUGGGGCAGCUCCGCUCUGCCCUAUAGGGUCAAUAUGAGUCAGAAUCGACUUGACAGCAAUGGGUUUGGUUGGUGUUAGCUGCCAUUGAGUCACCCCCUUCCCAACUCAUGGUGACCCCAGGCACAUUGGAACAAAAUGCUACCCGGUCCUGCGCCAUCCACAUGAUUGACUGCAGAUCAGACCCCUCUGAUCCAUAGGGUUUUCAUUGGCUAGUUUUCAGACAUAGGUUGCCAGGCCUUUCUUCCUAGUCUUGGUCUGGAAGUUCCACUGACAGACGGGUGGUGACUACACAUGAGGUGCAUUGGCCAGGAAUUGAACCGAGUCUCCUGCAUGAAAGGCAAGAAUUCUACCACUGAACCACCAUGGCCUCAACUAGUCCUUUAAAAAAAAAGUCCUUUUAGGUACCUCCAAAUCUAUCCGGUCACCUCUUCAGGAGGCCAAAAUGAAAAGAGAAAGAAUGCCUUUUGUUCACUCUUCAUUGACAGAUGUGAAGGUGAAAGAGAGAACCUUGGAGUCUGUAUCUAGUUUAGCACCAAGGAGACCAGGUAGGUCAGAAAUGCGUGUUGGAAAAACACAGAUCUAAGAAGAGGGUGACCGUACAGUAGACUCUGUCUGUGAAAUGUCCAGGUAGUGCAUUAGCAGGAGGCUGAGGCCUGAGUAACUCUCCAUCCCCGUCUCUUGUGAGCCCCCAGCCCUUGCCUCUCAUGAUCUCCAGUAUGGAACCUCCACUCUGCACGCCACUGGGCCACCAUUCACAGAUGGGACAGUCUGUGGGAUCGCCUUGAGUUGGAACAGUCUCCACAGCAGUUGGUCAGGGUUUUUGGGGGUUUGGUAGAGUUGAAGGAGCCCUUGGUGCAGUGGUUAAGUUGUUCAGCUGCUCACCAAAAGGUUAGCAGUUAGAAUCCAUCAGCCACUCUGGGAAAAAGAUGUGGUAGUCUGGUUCCUUAAAGAUUUACAGCCUGGGAAACCCUAUGGGCCAGUUCUCCUCUCUGUUUAGUCAGAGUCAGAAAUACUCUGAAUUUACCUCAGGUUAGAUAAAGAGGAGGGGAGGAGGAGUAAGAUGGUGAGAGAGCGUAGGACCCAGUGAGCUAUGGAGGAUGUCAUGGUGACCUUUGAAGGUCUUAAGAGCAGAAAGCCUUUAUCUGUGGUAAUUUAUGGAGCGGCUCAGGAAGAUCUGGUUCCUCAGCCAAGAGUAGCACAAAAGGAAGCAAUCCUAGACGAUACACUCUGCUUGGUUUCCCAUUUAAACGCUCUUUAAAAAUCAUGGUCUCUGGGCUGUGGAGAACACAUCGCUAUCAGGUCAACAAGCAGGGUAUUUGCUGUGGAGGCAUUUCUACCCAAGGAGACUGCCCUAAAAAAAAAAAAAAAGCCCUAUCAGAUGACAAAGAUGUGAAAUUCUUUCUUUAUGUUAUUUGGUAAGCUGUUCUGUUUUGUAACAAGAAGCUACGUCAGUUACUUUCCUUGAAGAGCAGGUGUUAGACAUUUCCAAAGAGGAAAAACACAACGUGAGAAAGUAGCGGGACAUUUGUGUCUUUGACAGGUUUGUGAAGGAGUCUUAAAAGAGAGGGUAUCGAAGGCUGUAGUUAAAUUUUACUUAUUUACAAGGCUGUUUGUUUUUCAUAAACCAUGAAGUCUCCCCACACAUGGCUAUUCCAGAGGUCACCGGAAGUGAAGUGAAUUAAAUAGCGGUUUAUGGUCAGUACAACUGUGUGUGGCCUGUAUAGAUGAUUAUUUGAGUUACUUUACAAUAUGUGGCAUGCUAUUUUGCAAUUUUGCUUUAUAAAAAUUUAAGUUAAUAUAUUCUUGUGUGGUUUCUGACUGCCUCUGUGUUAUUUGGUGUAAAGAUUUCUUUGGUGUCUAGAUCUUUUGCUCAUCUCAGGGUGAUGGGGAGCCUGUGUAGAACAACACUCACUUGUGAAAAAGCAGUAUUUUCUCUGCACACAGGGGAAUGGUCUUUGCAGUGGGCAGAGACAGGAAAGCAAGGGGAGGAGCACAGUCUAAGAUGAAAAAAUGGGCAGUUAUGUAGCAAGAUUUUAUGAUUUGAUCCCAAUCAUCCAAAAAGUGAUAUUCUGUU